AUGUUGAUAAGCGCUUUUCAAGUUGCUACGCGAAUUCUCGAAGGAAACAACAAUUUAUUAUACAAAACCAGUAAUUUGUUACUUCCUUUAAAGUACUCAAAAGCUUGCACAAUGACCAAAGGCCUAGUCUUCCUAGGACCUGGAGCCGAAGAAAUGGAAUUCGUUAUCGCUGUUGAUGUCAUGAGACGUGGAGGAAUUGAUGUUACUGUUGCUGGUCUGCCGGAUAGUGAUAUUGUCAAAUGCAGCAGAGAUGUUAACAUCAAGCCUGAUCUCGGAAUUGCCGAUGUUAAAGGUCCUUUUGACGUCAUAGUUCUACCAGGAGGUCUUGGCGGAUCUAAAGCCAUGGCAAAAUCUGAACUGGUCGGUACUUUAUUGAAAGAACAAGAAAAAGCUGGUAGAUGGAUUGCAGCUAUUUGUGCCGCGCCUACAGCUCUCAAAGCCCACGGAAUUGCUGAAGGAAAAACCCUCACAUCGUAUCCUGCAAUGAGAGCUGAAAUGGAAGAGGGAGACAAAUAUAAGUAUAAAGAAGACAGAGUGGUGGUGGAUGGUAAUUUGAUAACUUCAAGGGGUCCUGGAACUGCUUUUGAUUUUGGGAUUACGAUCGUUGAGAAAAUUGUUGGCAAGGAUAAAGCUCACGAAAUCGCUAAAGCUAUGCUGUUGACCUGUUGA